AUGGCAACAUUUUUCCGGCGGAUAUUGAACAAACGAAGUGUCAAUUCACUCGUUCAACUUGAUCGUUUUAUAGGUGGCUGUCCUCAUCGUCCAGUAAUUUCUUUAACAAAUAUGACCACAAGGUUAUAUUCUUCCUCGUCUUCUUCCUCGUCUCCAUCAAGUACGAAAAAGAACAAUACAACACAUACUGCACCUCAGAAAGAAUUGCACUUUGUUCAUGUUCAACAUAUACAUCCACGAGAACUCGCGCAGAGCACGUUCUUUGCGUUGCAUAGACCAUUGUUAACCUUUGGUAAUGAACAAAUGCAACAAACAUUUGAAAAUGGGCAGAACCAACAGGUUUGGGAAGAAGAAGAUUACGAAGAGAAUUCCGGAUCCAAUGCUAACAACGCAAUACCACUCGCUAACCCACUUUCACCUUAUCUAACUACUACUCCAUUUCAUCCCAAUCAACCAACAAUUUCAAUGUCUGCUGCAGAAUCAAAGUAUGUAGUUAAUAGAUUUUUCUCUGAAAUAAAAUUAAAGUUCAAUCAAGAACAAUUAUUAAAUAAUCAAAAGACGACAGUUACGGAAUUAGAAGUAGAUAAUGUAAAACAACUGGAACAAUCGACAAAUACUGAGCAUUCGAAUACUAAUCCUGUUGUAGAUUUGAAAUUGAUUGAAAAGGCUACCCAUGCAUUAUUAAAACAUGAAAAAGUUCGACCAAAGUUAGGAAAUGAUUUAUUAUCGGAUGGUCAACCAGUAAAUGUUUGGUUGAUAGUAUCAUUGUUCAAAUUUUCUGACAAGCCCAGGCUUAAACCCGUGAGAAUUCCGUUAAAGCACCCUUUAUAUGGAUCUUCAACAGAUAUUUGUUUAAUUACUAAAGAUCCGCAAAGAACUUAUAAAGAAUGGGUUGCUGCACACAACGUUAAAUGGGUUCAAAAUGUAAUUGGAAUUUCUAAACUUCGUAAAAAAUAUAUACCUUACGAAGCUAAAAGAAAUUUAUGUGAUUCGUAUGAUUUAUUUUUAACGGAUGAGCGUAUUUUACCUCUUCUUCCUAAUAUGUUGGGAAAAUAUUUCUUUGAAAAGAAAAAGCAACCGAUCCCAGUGAAUAUUAGUAAAGAAUCGAAUUUCAAAAGAGAAAUUCUUAGAGCUUGUCAUUGUACUUAUAUGUAUUAUAGUCCAGGAGUAUGUCUAUCUAUUAAAAUAGGGACAACAGGUAUGACAUCAAAACAAAUUUUGGAAAAUUUAGAAAUGGCCAUUCCAGUUAUUGCUACUAAAAAAAGGAAAAUUUCAAAUGACAUCUCCGAAAACGUUGUUGUUCCCAAGAAGAAUAAGAAUUCACAGUUGAAAAAAUCUACAGUAAAUAUAAUAACCAAAAAAGAAGAAGGGAUGAAACGUCCCCUUAAUAAAAAAGUUAAGGAAGGAAGUGAUAUCGUUAAAGCAAAGGAAGGAGAAGAAAAAGUGAGUAACUCCGUAAAUGUUAUUACAGCUGAAGCAAAGGAUAGUAAUUCUAAAAAAGGAGAAGGGAGAGCGAAAAACAACGUAAAAGUAAACAUUACACUCGAACAAAAGAAAACUAAUGGAGAAGGAAAAAAGUCGAAUAAUACCGUAAAAGUAAAAACUACAACUGAAACCAAGGAUAGCAUUCCUAAGAAAGGAGGAGAAGGGAAAGCAAAUAGUAAUGCAAAGGUACCCAAACAACAGAAAGCCAAUGUUGUAGGUGAAAUAAGAGCGAGUACUGUGGUUAAAGAAAAGAUUACAAAUGAAGCAAAUGAUAAAAAUUCUAAGAAAGAAGGCGGCAAAGCGAAUAGUAAUAAAAAAGUAAACACUAUACCUAAACAAAAGAAAGCCAAUAUUGGAGGAGAAAAGAAAGCAACUGUUGAAUUGAAGAAAAGUAAUUUUAAACAAGACGAAAGUAAUUCUCGAGUUCUAGAUACGGCUUCCAAUGAGAAGAAACGAAAAAAAACAUCCGAAAUUAAGAAUGUAAAGUCUGCUAUAGAUGCUACUACAAACAAAAAGAGUACUAAGGAUGAUGAUAAAAAAGAUCCUUUAGAUGACAAGGUAUCGAGUUUUAUUGCUGAACAGAAAAAGAAAAUUAUUGAACAAGCGGACAUGAACUCUAACAAAAACGUUGUUGGUAAUGAUAAAGCAAAAAAGAAAGUAGCACAGGAGAAACCGAAAGGCGAAGCAGAAGUUAAUGGCAAUGGCAAGAAAAAUGGUAAAAGCAUUAAGAGAAAAAGAGAGGUUUCUGGAAAAAAUAAGCCAAAUAAAAGAAAAUAG